AUGCCUCUUCCACGGAGUGACACGAGUUGCUCUGCCGGCGUCGCUGGCAGCGGACAUCCGAUAAAGGCUCCAGUGUGUUCUUUGUCACACCUUUUCGAUACGUUUGCUCCGUUGUGUCACACGUGUGAUUCCUGGGUCAAAGUCAUCUUCUGCCAGGUGCUGUCUCGGGACCUCGCAUCAACUUUGUCAACGUUGGCGGGUGAGCUGAGCCGAUCUGAUGGUGAGGAUACGCUGGAAGAGCAAACUGCAGUGCUUCUCCAACUACCAUUGCCGGCUCUCGGCCACGUCACUGCGCCGGUCGGCUCUUUGUGCCCUGUGCUUUGCUCCACACCUCCCACGCAUGCUAUCGACGACCACGUUCGCUGCACAGUGAAAGCACUCUCUGGCAACGUCGUGGCGUUGGUUCCUUCGCAUGGACCUGACAUUGUUCUCAAGCUGAUUACCAGCAACGAUCCGCCCCUAGUGAACAUUCGUGUGGUCAUCGGUAAGGCUGCUGCCACCUCUGCGGCUUACAGACCGCAGCCUAGCACCAGUCCGCUCUACGACUUCUGCGAGCUUCAGACUCUCAUGCUACGAAAUUUGGAUCAGGUUCAACUGAGAGACGUUGACCUUCGGUGCCCAGACAGUCCGUUAGCCAAUCACCUCCGGCAACGCUUCUAUGAGAUGCUGCAAUGCAACGUGAAGCUGGGAAAGCGGACGCUGUCCGAAUUUCGUGCUGAUAAGUCUACGAGUCUACGUCAACCUAUUACCUUCACGUGCUGGUGUCUUCGGAUGGCCAGAGACUGA